GUUGUGCUCUCUAGAUAGGAUAGUAUUCAGAGGUACUGUAAUUUUCAACGAUGAAGACUUUUUUUGCUACUCUUGUUCUCGGUAGCAACAAAGAUGAUAUGAGAGCAAUCUAUAGCACUGUUGGGAGGGAUAAUCUCUUUCCUUCCGCCCUCACUGCAUUUUGCUCAGGAGCUGUUGGAAACAUUUCAUAUCAGUCAUGUAACGCUGUCUACCGAGCAAUUAGGGCCAACAAAGAUGCAGUGCUGAAACAAUCUGUGACUUGCAGUCUAAACAAUGUUGUCUAUGCAGGAAUUGUUACUGCAAGCUAUAUGGGUUACAUCAAGAAGAUGCAUUGCGGAGACUUUAGCUUUUAUGUUGACCUGCAUAAAAGGUAUUUAGGGGGGUAUUUAGCCGGCCUAACAGCAAUUUCUUAUUUGGGGCUCACGGAAGUGAUUUCAACUUAUUUGAAAGACCGACUGAAAGGGAUUUCAUGGACUUCCGUUUGGAAGACCUUCAGACAGCGUGCUUUGACUGUAGCUCCUUUAGUCAUGAUGCAACAGUCUUUUUACGACAAUCUGCGUAUCCUGGAGGAUCCCUAUUUCCACCCUUCAGCUACUGUUUUCUUUAGUACUGGGUUUGUUACCGGAGUAGCAGCCCAGUUUUUAGUGCAACCCUUCAUAAACCUAACUUCCUCUGCCUCUUCGCAAUUUUGCUUUUUGCCUUCUUUCCUGUGGAAAGGUGUUUUGCGUUGCUGUUGUGUGGUAUCUGUAAUUUGCUUUUCUCAACUAGACUGCUCCUAUGAUGGCCAUUUCUCUGACCAUGCGAGAUAUCUUUAUGGGAAGGCUCAGCAUGCAGGAGUAUGGAAAGAGAUGCAGCAGACGUAA